CCGCCCCGGACGUCGCGUAGCCGUGGCGGGCUGCGUAGUUCCGGCGGAGAGAAGGGAGGGGUGAUAUGCAGAGCAGGCAGCCGGGGCCUCGGCAGCAGCAGCUGGAGCCGCCGGAGCAGCGGGUGCUGGGGGGCCAGGCCGGGCGCGGCGUUCCCGCCAUGGAGAUGGAGAAGGAGUUCCACCGGCUCGACCAGGCCGCCAGCUGGGCCGCCAUCUACCAGGACAUCAGGCAUGAAGCCAGUGAUUUUCCAUGUAAAGUGGCCAAACAUCCCAGAAACAAAAACAGAAAUAGGUACAGAGAUGUCAGCCCCUUUGACCACAGUCGAAUUAAGCUAAACCAAGGUGACAAUGACUAUAUCAACGCUAGUUUAAUAAAAAUGGAAGAGGCCCAGAGAAGCUACAUCCUUACACAGGGACCUUUGCCAAAUACUUGUGGUCACUUCUGGGAGAUGGUUUGGGAACAGAAAAGCCGUGGUGUUGUCAUGUUGAACAGAGUGAUGGAAAAGGGAUCCAUAAAGUGUGCACAGUACUGGCCACGGAAGGAAGAGAAGGAGAUGUUUUUUGAAGAUACAAACUUGAAACUAACCUUGAUAUCGGAAGAUAUAAAAUCAUAUUACACAGUACGACAACUAGAGUUGGAAAAUGUUACAACGCAGGAAACUAGAGAGAUUCUGCACUUUCAUUAUACUACGUGGCCUGACUUUGGAGUCCCAGAGUCUCCUGCUUCGUUCCUCAAUUUCCUGUUCAAAGUGAGAGAAUCUGGCUCGCUUAACCCUGAGCACGGACCUGUUGUGGUGCACUGCAGCGCCGGAAUUGGGAGAUCAGGAACUUUCUGUCUGGUCGAUACGUGUCUUCUGCUGAUGGACAAACGGAAAGAUCCUUCUUCUGUGGAUGUUAAGCAGGUUCUCCUAGAAAUGAGGAAGUACAGAAUGGGACUUAUACAGACAGCGGAUCAGCUUCGUUUCUCCUACUUAGCUGUUAUUGAGGGGGCAAAAUUCAUUAUGGGGGAUGCCUCAGUGCAAGAACAGUGGAAAGAGCUCUCCAAUGAAGACCUGGACCCACCACCUGAACAUACCCCACCUCCUCCCCGACCACCGAAGAGAACCUCAGAAAUGCACAAUGGAAGGAUGCAUGAACACGCAGAAUUCCUUCCUAAGCAUCAAGUGGUAGAGGAAGAGAUUAGAUGCUCAGUCAGCACUGCUGAAGAGAUGGUUCCAGAUGCCAGAGUUUCUUCAUCUGUGCCACUGAUCACAGACAGCACUAGUCAAGACACUGAAAUUCGGAGGAGAACUGUUGGUGAAAACGUGCACAUCUCGCCCCACAAAGAAGAGUCGAUGAAGUCAGAGAGCGUAGAAGAGGACGAUGAGAACAUGAUGACAACUUGGAAGCCAUUUCUAGUGAAUAUAUGCAUGUUCACUUUCCUCACAGCAGGAGCUUAUCUCUGUUACAGGGUAUGUUUUCACUGAUGGACAUGCCAGCGACUGACCCUGCAGAAAACACCAACGAUUUGAUCGGUUUGUAAUGAGCUUCUGUAGAAGAAGGCUCCUUGAGGCACGUGAGCCUUGUCUCAGCAGAGAUAGAUCGUAGGUUGAAAGGCCAGAACUUUGGUUAGGGCUUAAAGAGAGAAUUGAUGCACUAGGGUUUUAUCUAGCCCUGUGGUCCCAAGAACAUGAUAUUCUAAUCUCAGGGCCUUAAAAUAUUCAGGAGUAAGCAGAGAAAAUGCCAAAUAGUCUGUUUUUCUUUUUUCUUUUUUUAAACUAAAUAAUAGGACUACAACACAUUGUUGUUUUUAGCCUUUUUUAAAAAGCCAGUUCUUCUUUUGUGUUUCAGAAAAGCUAGGCACAAGUGAAACUUGCUUGUACUCUCCAAGCGUUGUAACCAAAUACAUCGCUUACAUCGAUGAGUUCCCAAAAAAAGAAAAAUGAACCCACAUACCUGAAGAAUGUAAACUUUUUGGAAGGGGUUUGGGGCAGCUGUGGUUGGGUGGGUUUUUGGUUUGGUUUGAUUUUCAACUUGCUUCAUCUGUUAAGGACUGAGUUGUGGGCAAUGCCUGUGGUAUUGAUGUAUUAAUCUUGGCAAAACUUUUCUGAAAGAGCUUAUUGUUUUAUGUUGUUUAUAGAAACAGGCUUCUGCAUUUGCUCAGGGUAUGCCAACACGUCCAGCUCUUUUUUCUUCUUUUCUUUUUUUUAAGAAACGUAUCUCCUCAUUGACUUUUGUUGCGCUCUACUUGCACAUGUACGUAUUGACAUUGCACCAUCCUUUGUAAAGCUGUUUUUACAUUUGUACUCUGGUUUAGGAGAAGUUGAGGGGAGGGAAAGAAACAGGAAAGGAAAUUCAACCAAAACAUGUCCACCAGCAUUUUGCAGCUGUUCAGUUGGCAUUCAGAAGGACCAGUUCUUAAACCUCAUCAUUUGGAAUGUAAAAUGCAGUUUCACUCUACAUCUGCUUCGUAAGGAGUAGCGUGCUUUCUGCCACGGCCGGGAGGCAACGUGCUCAGAGGUAACGAGCAGGAAAGCACAUCAAGAAAACCAGAGCCAUCAAUUCUGUGGCAGCUUCCUUAAGACAUAGAAAGUUCAACGGAAGAUGUGUUGGUCUCAGAACGUAUCAGCUGGCUUACGAUGCAAGCAUUUGUGUGUUUUGCUUAUUUUAAAGCAAAGAUUUAAAAUACUGGUGUAGUUUGGCUUGGAGAUACGCUGCUUGGCGAUCACUGGACACAGAGGUGUGUGUGGAUAAGCCUGGCACCUCUGCAGACAGGGUUGUUGCUGUCCUAACUAACGUAAGCUAAGAGAUGGGUGGUUUUGUUCUGGGCCGUGCUCUGUCUGGGGCGUUCUGCUCAGCUGGGGACGGAGCUGUUCAGCAGGCCCAGCACUUGAAUAAUGUAAGUGCUUGCAAAUAAGGGUUUGGGUGCAUUGGUAGAAUUGUGACUGGAAGCUUGCAUUGCACUGAGCAGUCUUAGUCAAUGCCGCUCCUCACAUCACAUGAGCACCAAAUUAUUAUAAUUUAAACAACAACAGCAAAGAAUUCUUUGCUGAUGUCAUAGAAGAGUUAAAUUCACUACUAAAAGGUGUAGUGACUGAAACUAAACCAUGUCAGCUGAUUUGCAACAGUGUUGCUCAUCAGUCCCUUUUAUUUUUAAAUGCUUUAUGGCACUUAACCACCAUUCUCAGUGCAAACAUCACUAUGGAGUAUCUUAGUAAGUCUCUUUCCACUCCGUGUUUUUUUUUCUUUUUUGCAAAGCUGUCUGUAGGUGUAGCUCUUUUCCUUCAGUGAAUAAGGAGAUGAAGUGGGGGGGAGGGGAGUUAUUUCUAUUCUGUCUUUUGUUAAGCUUGCAUCAAGGGCUUUUCACAAGUACAAUACUAAAUCCUCAGGUAGUACUGGGAAUUGAUACUUUACCUGUGAGACUGUUGGUCAGACCAGUGCUGGAAAGGAGGAACGUUGUAACCAGUCAAUAUCUAGUUGUAUUACUGGAAUCAUGAAAAAUGAGUAUAGAGAAAUGGUAAUAUAUAACGGCUCAUCUGUGUAUUUAAGAUACAGUGUGCAAUUGCUUUCUCCCCACUGUUCUCUCCGUCAUCUGGUAGAACAUUGUUCUAAAGCAGCGUUUGUACAUCAUUUGUAUUAGAAUGCAUGUAAAGUCUUCUCGUGUCCUGAUUAAAUACCAUGUGCUUGAAAGGUGAGAGAACUUCUAUUUCUGCUUUCUGAUGUGCCCAAACUAUAUUUGCAUGAACUGAUCAUUAAGUGGCUGUGGUUCAAGGGGUGUUGCUGGAAGUAUCUUCGCUCGGCGAUAGAUCGACGUGGUGUUUGUCAGGUAACAUGUGCUCGCUGGAUACUUGGCAUGACUUCCUAUUAAAUUUCUGCGUAUUCAGUGUAACCCGGUUGUUAGCAUGGUUCAUUUCAGCUGAGUGAGUAUAGUACAGACAUUCCAGAGUGCGUAGUAGGCCGUAUUCACACCUCACCUCUGCUCACUGGGGGCAAGCAAGAGGCAGUGACUUGGGGUGUGACUUGCAGUGCUGCCUUCAGAGCGAAUCUGGAGGACAAAGAACGUUUUGUUGCAAGACUGCCGUGGGAGGCUUUGAUCUGCAAAGAUGCAGGUUCUUGAACUGGCAUCAUUCCCCUCAAAAAGAAAAGAAAAAAAACCCACCAAACUGUACUGUUCCCAAGAAGGGAUGUUUUAAACCUCCUUGAGAGGAGAGUGAAGCAUCCUCCCUUUGAAUCCAGCAUAAUUCAGUUGCACCGUGCUUACAAAUUAGUGUAGUAUGAGAAAUUUCCUGCAGAGGAAGUUCCGAACACCCUCUUCUCUGCCCACGUAUUUCUGUGUUUCCGUCACCUGUUCCAAAUCCAGGAGAAUUUACGCUGUCCCAGAACAGACAGCGAGAGAUCCUGCAAGACCAGUGAGGUGUGGAUAGGGCUUAUAAUACUGACCUGUAAGCAUUUCUGUUUUGGUGUCCUGUAUGUGUACGUGGUAGUUUGGGUGUGUAUAUACAGUAGCAUUUCAAAGUGGGUGUAUUGGUUAACCUGUUCUUGGAAAAUGGACAAAUCUCCAUGUUAAACUUGCUAGAAAGUUAGUGAGCUGCUCUGCUAUCUGCCUUAAGCAAAUAUUUACGCAUCAGGUCUUUCUUUUUUUACAGAUCGCCAUAGAAUAAACUUUUUAAAAAAAAAAAUAAAAACCAAAAAAGCUAAAUGUUUUGGUAUGAUACAUUUUCAGGUAUCUUGUCUUUUGUGUAAGCCACUGCAAA